GCUUAAUUAUUUGAGCCAUGGUGUCAUGGAAAGGGAUUUACUUUGUACUUUCACUAUUCUUGGGAAGUUUUUUUGGAAGCAUUUUUAUGCUUGGUCCUUUGCUGCCAUUGAUGUUUGUUUCUCCUGGCUGGUAUCGCUGGAUUACUGAUAGAGUUGUUGCUACCUGGCUUACUCUUCCAGUGGCUUUGUUGGAGAUCGUGUUUAGAGCAAAGGUGGUUAUAACAGGUGAUGGAUUCAUUCCUGGAGAAAGAAGUGUUAUUAUCAUGAACCACCGAACACGAAUGGAUUGGAUGUUUUUGUGGAAUUGCCUGCUGAGAUACAGCUACCUCAGACUUGAAAAAAUUUGCCUCAAAUCUAGUCUCAAAGGCAUUCCAGGAUUUGGUUGGGCCAUGCAGACUGCUGCCUUCAUUUUCAUUCAGAGGAAAUGGGAAGAAGACAGAAAUCAUUUUGAAAAUAUGCUGGAUUAUUUCUGUGACAUUCACGAACCUCUGCAGCUUCUCAUCUUUCCUGAAGGAACUGAUCUCACAGAAAACACUAAAGCCCGCAGUAAUGAAUUUGCUGAAAAGAAUGGACUUCAGAAAUAUGAAUAUGUCUUGCACCCAAGGACUACAGGCUUCACGUUUAUAGUGGAACGUUUAAGAGAUGGUAAUAACCUUGACGCUAUUCAUGACAUAACGGUAGCCUAUCCUCAAAACAUACCUCAAACUGAGAAGCAUCUUCUAUACGGGAACUUCCCCAGAGAAAUUCAUUUUCACGUCCGCAGAUACCCGGUGCAAGCACUGCCAGUCUCUCGGGAAGAACUCCAAGUCUGGUGUCAGAAGCGGUGGGAAGAGAAAGAAGAGAGGCUCCGUUUGUUCUAUGAAGGCAAAAAAUACUUUGAUGCAACGGGGAGAAGCAAAAUCCCCCCUUGUAAAUCUGAGCUCAGGGUCAUGGUGGUUAAAUGCAUUUCACUCCUGUACUGGACACUUUUCACAUUUGCUGCGUUUGUGCUGCUGUACUUGUACAGCUUUGUACGGUGGUAUUCUGUGGCUCUGGUUGUCAUUUUUGUUGCACAACACAAACUGUUUGGUGGGCUCGAAUUGAUUGAGCUUGCACGUCAUCGAUUUGGUAGCAGUAAACAGAAUGUACACAACCUGAAAAAAACCUAAAUUUAUUUGGGGUAUUGUGUGUGUGUGUGUGUGUGU